AUUUGUGCACGGUUUCAAUCUGCACCAAAAGAAAGCCAUUUUAUGGCCGUUAAGCGAAUCUUUCGAUAUUUGGCUCAUACCCCAAACUUUGGUCUAUGGUAUCGCAAAGGAGCAAACUUCAACCUAGUGGGCUAUUCUGACUCAGAUUGGGCAGGAGACUAUGUGGAGAGGAAGUCAACCUCUGGAGCAUGCCAAUUCCUUGGUCGUUCACUGGUAAGUUGGUCUUCAAAGAAGCAGAAUUGUGUCUCACUAUCCUCCACCGAAGCUGAGUAUGUGGCAGCUGCAAGUUGUUGUGCCCAGUUGCUAUGGAUGAGGCAAACCUUACAGGACUACAGUGUCACUUGUGACAAAGUUCCUCUUUUAUGUGACAAUCAAAGUGCUAUCAAGAUUUCCCUCAAUCCGGUGCAACACAGCAAGACCAAGCAUAUUGAUAUUCUCCAUCACUUCAUUCGUGAACAUAUCAAGCUAGGUGAUAUUGAGAUUCACUUCAUCAACACUGAAGAGCAACUUGCAGAUAUUUUCACUAAGCCCCUAGAUGAAGCAAGGUUCCGGGAGUUAAGGCAUGAGCUAAAUAUCAUUGAUUCAAGUAAUGUGGAUUGA